AUGGUGACUGCAGAAACCAUUCACUUUACCAACUCUGUGAAGCAUCUUAAGACUACGAAGAACUUUACCACUUACGAGGUGGAAGUGCCUGGAUCCAGACCAAUUACGAUUAUUGAAGCAAACCCGGAGGAAGCCAACAGGCAGGCCACUCAGCAGAAACCGCAGUUUCCAAUCAUUCGGUACCGGAACGCAGGCGGAGCCAGUGUUGACGAUCAUGCGCACGUGAUUGUUGACGAUGGAACGAAAGGAUCCAAGGGGAAUUCGGCGAAGAAAACGCUGUACUCGCCGGACCUGCUGAACAAGUUUCUCAAGGAAUACUCUGAAAAGCUGAAGAACGCCGACCAAGUCACGCGGCAAAAGCUCAACGAAAUCAGCAUGAUCAAUACCGGUGGCAAUAAGGGAAAAGUGGAAGCAACGAAUGUGAACCAGAGCAAAGAAGACCAGGUGCAGCACUUUUCGGAUGUUCAUGAACGACAUGGAGGCAACAGCAAAUGGUCAGGAGAUAAUGGGAAAACAACCCAUCCCUGGAACAUAAAGGACGGUUGGGUUACGAUGGAGGCGGUUCCAUGGUCAGAAAGCAAAGUUUCAAAGUGGCAAAGCAACUCGAACAAAUACGGAAAUCGCAACCAAAACCAAAACCAGUACCACUCGUCCAACCAGUGGACAAGCAAUGAGAGCGAAGAAAUUAUGUCUCGACCAAAACCGAUGCAGACGAGCAACAACUACUACGCAAACGACGAUUACGUUGACUACGGAGACAGCUCGUACCAGGUGCCAAAUCAACCCACAAGUUACACCAGCGAAAAACCGUCCAGACCCACCUUCGAAUCCCUGUACAAUCGCCGAUACAAACCCUCCGAAGACUACUUCAACCGCAAGUCCUCGUCGCACAACCCCGACUACUCCGGAGGAGACACCUGGUACGACCACGGGUUCAAAAAACCCUCCCAGCAAACCGCAGACAUCAUCACCGACGGCCGAAAACCCUACUUCCCACAAUACUCAUCCACCUCAACCCGACCUCAACAACCCACCACCGACCGGAACCACCCCCAAUCCUACCCGGAAAACGGAAACGGCGAAUGGGUUCUCAUCUCAACGACCAAGGGCUACCAAUACCCCCGCCGAAAAGGUCAACGCGCCAUCACCUUCGCCCCCCAAGCCACCUCCCUCACCCACAAAUCCGUCAAACUCACCGUCCUCCCGAUGAAAAACUCCCUUGACAUGACCACCUCGCACAACGGACUCAUCGAAGUGUCCUCCUCAACCCAAACCGUCGAACAAGCUUACAACCAACACCAACAGCAACAACAACAGCACCAGAACAAAAUCGACCUCCCAGCCCAACCCAGCCCAGCGCCAGCCUCUUCCUCACUGACCCCCACCCGAAAGAAGCGCGUAACCGCACCCAAGUUCACGGUUAUGCGUCAGGACAGCGGCCUACAGGACAGCUCGACGGUGUUGGCCGCCGUCGGUGCCGGUCUGGUUCCCGCGACGUUGGCCGUCCUCGCCCCGAUGGUGCUGGGCCGGAAGCGCAGGUCACCGCUCGAGAAGCCGCCACAUCCGGAGCAGCUGCUGGCGCCCACCUUGUAG